AUGGAUACCAUGCCUACAUCCAAUGAUUCAGUACUCACGUCUAUCUUUCUUCUGACUGGGCUGCCUGGUCUGGAGCAUGUCCACAUGUGGAUUUCUAUCCCAAUUGGUUUCAUAUAUCUCUCAGCCUUUGUGGGGAGCUGCACAAUCCUCUUCAUUAUCAGAACAGAGCAGACACUCCAUGAGCCCAUGUACUAUUUUCUCUCCAUGCUGGCACUCUCUGAUCUGGGCCUGUCUUCCACCACCUUGCCAUCAAUGCUUAGUGUGCUCUGGUUCAAUUACCAAGCUAUCCACUUUGAUGUAUGCCUCAUUCAGAUGUAUUUCAUCCACACCUUCUCCAUCAUUGAAUCUGCUGUGCUCCUGGCCAUGGCCUUUGACCGCUUUGUUGCCAUCCGGGAGCCCCUGAGGUAUGCAUCCAUCCUGACAAACUCAGUGGUCACCAAGAUUGGUAUGGGGUUGACUGUUCGGGCAGUACUUCUAGCGCUCCCAGCUUCCUUUCUCCCGAAGAAACUGCAAUAUCACACAGUAAAUAUUCUUUCCUACUCUUUUUGUCUACAUCAGGAUCUCAUCAGGGUGGCCCAGUCAGACAGGAGAGUCAGUAGCAUUUAUGGCUUAUUGGUUGUUCUUUCCUCAAUGGUCCUGGACUCAUUGUUACUUGCUCUGUCUUAUAUUAUGAUCCUUGAAACUGUCCUAAGGAUUGCAUCCAAGGAGCAGCGUUCCAAGGCCUUGAACACCUGCGUUUCCCAUAUCUGUGCUGUGCUAAUCUUCUACGUCCCGAUGAUCAGCCUGUCUAUGAUUCACAGGUUUGCAAAAAAUGCUUCUCCCAUUGUUCAUAUCCUCAUGGCCGACAUCUAUCUGUUGGUCCCACCACUGAUGAACCCUAUUGUGUACAGUGUGAAAACCAAACAGAUCCAUAUGCGGAUCAUCAGAAAGCUGCACAAGAAGCUAGAUGUUACUUCAUAG